AUGACUGCUGGCAAUAACCCCCGAGAAUUUGUGAGGCUUUUGAAAAUUCUUUACAAGGCGAAUGGUCUCCCUACCUUCAUUAUUCCUGAAGAAGUCUUCAACGCUCCAGGUUCAACUCCAACAACUUGUUGGAAAUUUCCAACAACAACUGACCCUGUAGAGGAUGCCGACUCUACAUCCGACGACGACGAUUCCGCCACUGCAAUGCAGACUUCAGAUCCUGUUCGGGUACCCACAGCUCACAAGACUCUGCCUCCUGUGACCCCCACUUCUGCAACAGUUCCAGUUACUAACCAUGACAUCACUGUGAACGCGGCCACGCUUUCAGACAUACUGUCGGCUCCUGCUCCACACGCUUCUCCAGCUGCUGCUGUCCCUUCACCCGUCUCAGUGACGAAUUCCGCUGCAAUCGACCCUUGGUGUGACCCUAUAGAGGGUACCUACUAUGCAGCCCCUUCUGCUGCAGUACCUACCACUGCUACUCAACCUCCAAGAACUCAACCUUCAAGACAUCAACCUUCAAGAACUCUACCCCAGCGUGUCAACACCCCUGCUCUUCACUCAUCUGAUGAAUCGGAUGAAGACGUAUCUGUUGGAACACCAUCACCCCCAAGGAAAGAUCACCUCCAAGCAUCAACACGAAACGUGACCACCAAGACCGACAAGCCCAAAAAGAAGACCAACGAUCAAAGUUUGCGAGGGCUGUAUAACCGACCUCUUAUCUCAUCUGUGAAUGAGGGCGAUGUCGAGAUGUGUUACGAGAGCUUGGAACGGAAGGGACGGAAAGCUGUUGAUUGCCUCAUGAACUUUACAAAUGUAAAAAAUUUGCAAAAGAGGCACACUUCCCCGCUGGCCUCCGUGCUCCUAUAUCCUUCAAAUAAUAUGUUGCCACAGCAAAGCCAGCAUGUUCAGUUAAAUUCAGGGAAUGAUGACCUACAGAUCAUGCAAGACCUCUAUAUACCACCUCCAAUGUCUCCUUUGCACGAGGAGUUCAGACAGAAAAACCCUGCCAAUAUUUUGCCAUCCCAUCAUGCUUGUCCAACUUCAAAGGACAGACAGGAAAAUCCUGCCAAGGUUUCUGAAUCACAUCAGGGUUGGCCACUUUCAAGUGAUGACCUAGAGCUCCUGCAAGACAUUUACGUCCCGCCUCCAAUUUCUCCUUUGCCCGAAGAGAACAGACAGGAAAAUCCUGCCAAGUUUCUGCAAGACAUUUCUGUACCGCCUCCUCCAAUGUCUUCUUUGCACGAGGAGGAGAGACAGGAAAAACCUGCCAACGUUUCUGCAUCUCAUCGGGCGUGGCCACCUUCAAGUGUUGACCUGCAGUUCCUGCAACACAUUUAUGUACAGCUUCCAAUGUCUCCUUUGCACGAGAAGGAGAGACAGAAAACACCUGCCAAGUUUCACCAUCCCAUCGUGUGUUGGAAAUUUCCAACAACAACUGACCCUGUAGAGGAUGCCGAUUCUACAUCCGACGACGACGAUUCCGCCACUGCAAUGCAGACUUCAGAUCCUUUUCUGUUACCCUUAGCUCACAAGACUCUGCCUCCUGUGACCCCCACUUCUGCAACAGUUCCAGUUACUAACCAUGACAUCACUGUGAACGCGGCCACGCUUUCAGACAUACUGUCGGCUCCUGCUCCACACGCUUCUCCAGCUGCUUCUGUCCCUUCACCCGUCUCAGUGACGAAUUCCGCUGCAAUCGACCCUUGGUGUGACCCUAUAGAGGGUACCUACUAUGCAGCCCCUUCUGCUGCAGUACCUACCACUGCUACUCAACCUCCAAGAACUCAACCUUCAAGACAUCAACCUUCAAGAACUCUAACCCAGCGUGUCAACACCCCUGCUCUUCACUCAUCUGAUGAAUCGGAUGAAGACGUAUCUGUUGGAACACCAUCACCCCCAAGGAAAGAUCACCUCCAAGCAUCAACACGAAACGUGACCACCAAGACCGACAAGCCCAAAAAGAAGACCAACGAUCAAAGUUUGGUGAAAUCAACAAGGAAGAAGACUACUAACGAACUGACUUAA